UGUCAGAGUUAUAAAGUUAUUGUAUUCUGUAGAAAUAGAAAUUAAAUUUAGGAAACCGAUACGGAACAAGUAAGUUCAGAGGAAAAUAAUCGUAAAUAUGGUAGGUUUAAGUGUUUAUUUGUAUUUUUUCCAAUUAAACUUUAGAACUAGUUGUGAAAAUGUCUAAACAAAUCAAACGAAAAAUAACGGUGAACAUCACUCCGAAAACUAAAACGCUGCCUAAAUCUCGUCCAAGUGUAUUUGAACGUUUAGGUACGAAAGCAAAUUCAUCAAAUAAAGAAUACUGCCAUCACUGGGCUCAAAGUGGCUCUUGUCCGUAUGGAAAAGGUUGUAAGUAUUCUUCAACACAUACAUUGAUAAGCCCAUCUAAGCAAAGAGCAGCUAAGUCUCAAACUGUAACCAAAAGGCGACACGCAAAAGAUGCCCAUAAAAGGGUACACAGUGGAGAGCCUGAAGAUUGGGAUCAGUGGGACCCUGAUGAGUUAGAGGAUGCCGAUCCGGAUGAUUUAGAGAAACGUAGACAAGAGUUGCAGAGAGAGCUAGAGUUGCAAAUGAAAAUGGAAAAUAAAGCAAGGAAAAAGGAGAAAAAAGUAAAAAAAGAGAGUAGCCCGUCUAGUGAGAGUUCAAGUUCUUCAACUGAAUCUAGUACUAGUAGUGAGGAGUCCAGUUCAACAAGUUCAUCGUCAGUUGAAUCUAGACGAAAAAAAAUUAAAAAAACUAAAUCAAAACGUGCUAGUUCCUCUUCUUCAGAAGAAAGAGUUCGUAAACAUAAGAUAAAAAAUAAAAAAACUUCGAAGUCAGUAGUUCGAGAAAAAGUAAAGAAAACUGUUAAACCAACAGCUAAAGUAACUGCAAAAUCGCCUUCUCCAGUUCGUAUCAGGAAGAAAUCGGAAACUCCACCCUUAAAAUCUAAGCAAACAGUAACCUCGAAGAAGGCAAGUUCAGAAACUAAGUCGCCAAGACCAUUAAGUCGUUCGAGUGAUCGCAAAGAUAAACACAGGACACCUUCACCAAAACUGCCAAAGGAAAAAGAAAGAGAAAAGGAACGAGAACGAGAAAAAGAAAGGGAACGGGAGAAAGAGAGAGAACGUGAAAGAGAGAAGGAAAGAGAAAGAGAACGUGAAAAGGAAAAAGAACGUGAACGUGAAAAAGAGAAAGAAAGGGAACGCGAAAGAGCUAAAGAAAGAGCAAAAGAACGAGAAAGGGAAAAAGAUUAUAAAAAGAAAGAUUCAAACAGAUCCCCUAAAAGAGAUUCUAGAUCAGUGAAGGAUAAUAAAAAAAGAGAUACUCCAGAUUCAUCUCAUUCAAGAGAUAGAAAAUCUUCUCCUAGUAGAUCUAAAGGUGUAGGUAGCAGUAGUAGUCGCAGAGAUCACAAAAGUCCGCCUUCAAAGGAUGACCGUAGAAGUGAUAAAAGAGAUGACCGGGCUAGAUCUAGAGGGAAGGAUAGAUCUUGUGAUAAAAAUCGCAAAGAAAAACGUGAUUCUCGUGAUAGAGACAGAGAAAGGGAACGAGAAAGGGAAAGAAGAAUUGCAAGGGAAGAGAGGGAGGCUGCUAGAGAAAAAGAAAGAGAAGAGGCAUUAGCUAGGUGCCAGGAGAGGCAGAGAGAACGGGAAAGAUUGAAAGAGUUAGCUAAAAAGGAAGACGAACGUAGAGGGAGGGAUAGAAGUAGAAGAGAAGAUAGAGGAAUAGAGAAAACUUCAGGUGAUAGAGGGGAAAGAAUACUACCAUUAUCAGAUGAGCGUCUAGCUCCAUGUCGUAAAGCUCAUUCUUCAGAAAGAGACAGGAAUGAUCGUAGAGAUAGAGAUCGUCAUGAUCGGACUCCCGACAGCAGAAGAAAAUCUCCUGAUAGGCAUGAUCGGUUAGAUCGGGAUAUCGAUAAAGAUAGGAAUUAUGACAGGAGCUAUGAUAGAUCCACAGACCGGAAUUAUGAUAGAGAUCGUGAUCAUGAUAGAGACAGAGAUUAUAGCUUACAUCCUAGAAUUAGAGAUAGUGAUAGAAGAUUAGAUGAUAAAGAUUACAGCAGUCCCUAUGACAGAACUAGACAUGAUGAUAGAAGAUAUCUUGAAUUGGAUGAUCAUUACAAUGAAAAUUCUAGAGAUGACAGAAUUCCAAUUGACGGAAGAGACUAUCCAGAUGAUAGAAGAACCAGAAGGGAAUUAUGGGACUUACGAGAAGAUCGAGGGGAUAUUGAUAGGGAAAGAGAUUUAGAUCACAGGAGUAGAUAUGGAAGGGAAGAUUCUAGACCCCCAGCUAGUAUUAAAGGACGGGAAUGGGAUGCAGAAUAUAGCGAACAUGAAUGGGACAGAAACAGGAGACCAGUUGAUUGGGAAACACGUGACAAUUGGGAUAGCCUUGACCAUAAACAUGCCACAGAAGAUGAGUGGAGACAUUAUAACCGUUCAAUGGAUGGCUGGUCAAACGAUGAUAGAAGGAGAUGGCCUGCAGAAUGGAGAGAAAGGUCACGUCCUAGAAGUUCUACUUCCCAUCACAAUGCUGAUACUGCUAAUGAUGACUCCAAUAUUGAAUCACGAAGAAAGGAAACAGCUCAAUCAAGAACAGAAACAUCAGAUCAGAAAAAUUCUCCUUCCGAGGAAGUAAAGAAAGAAGCUCAGCCUACACCAAAACGUGCCGCAGAGGAAUCUUUAGAAAAUACUCCUGAUGCGAAGAAAAUUUGUAUCAAACAAGAAGUUCCUCCUGUUUUAGAAGAUGAUUUGAGUGAAAUCAGUGACGAUGCAGAUGAGAUUCUAAAUCGAGAUGAGGAGAUUGCCGAAGCUGCAACAGAAGAACAACCCACUCAAGCAGAUACAACGGACACCACUUCACUGAAAGACCAAAACACAUCGACAGCAUCUCAGAAGUCUCAGUCACCUCCAAGAUCACCAAACAAAAUCAUCCCCAAAGAAGAAUCUUUAGAGGACAACAUGGAUCUUGAUUUUGAAGAAAUUUCGGAGGAUGAAUUGGAAGAAGAAUCUAAAAUAAAAGGAAUAGGCGAUGCUCUCGGUGUAGAUUGGGCUAGUCUGGUAGCAGAGUUUCGUCCCAGAACUAAACCGAGUAGUUCUGCAAAAUUACGAUGGGAGAGCCACAAUGUCUUGGUUAACUUGGGUAUCUCUGUCAGAUUCGCAGGUGAAGACCUCGUUAAAGACAUUUUGCAAGAGCACGCUGAAGCCAAGGUCAAAGAACGGUUAGAGCAGAGGGAGAAAAAAGAUAUCGUUAAAGUUAAUAUAAAGACAGAACCUGUCGAGGUGAACGUAAAUGGAGUAAUGCUGCAAAUAAAGGAGGAACCAAAAGACACCAUUGAAGAAGAAGUGCAUGUUAAGGAAGAGAUGCAAAUUGAUUAUGAUGACGUUAUUAUAUCUCAUCCUAUUGCAGCUAUUCAGGUUGCUAAUCGAGGGAAGCAUGCAGACCGUACAGCUUUGUUUUCUAAUGUAGGAUCGCAUCGUCGUGCGCUAGCAGCGAGAAGAGAUCUUACCAUACGAAGGCAGCUGUGUAAUUUACCAAUUAAUGACACAUACGUCGAAGCUCCUAAAAGACACGACCCUGAAUUACUGAAAAUUGCCACACAACUAUUUGAACGUUGCCUGUAAUUAAUUUAAAAAAUAAAACUUUUUUGAAAAAAUGAUGUGAUGUAACAUGUCCAAGUCAAGUGGCCUAGGGCUUCCCGCUCGACCAUCUCCAAUUUUGCUGGAUGUAUAUGCGUAUCUGGAAGGAAGUUCUGUUUAGUUUCAGCUCCAGAUAUCAAAUAUUUCAUCCUUUUGACUGGAGCUUCUACUGAUUGGCGCUAUGUCGGCCAUGAAAAUUCUGAAAAGUUUCACAUGCUCUCGUAACUUAUCCAGAUUGAGUAUGAUGCUGAAAUUUGACAUACUAGAUCAAAUUUUUCAGGUAAAUGAGAAAAAAUUUGUAUGAAUCCUCCAAAAGCAACACAUGAUUCGCGUUACACUGUUUGUGCCAUUUUUUCGCAAUAGAUAACUAUAAAACAAAAUGCAAUCUAGUUCCCAGUAGACUAACCAGCGCUGCACGAUACUAUACUGCAGAAAUAAUAGUAAUGGCUACUAUAUUAGGUUGGGGAAUAAAAAUUAAAGAUAUUUUAUUUUUAAUUCUAAAUUAUCAAUAGGCUAAUCAGUGCUUCGGUUUUGACUUGAAAAGAUUUUUCAAACAAGCUCUUAUUGUCAUUGUAAAAAGAAACAUCACAUAGGGAACUUGGCAAAGAGCGGAAGAGGUGAAUAUUAGAAGGACCUCCAAUUAAAAGGACAUGCUGCCCAGAAUAUUAAAUAUCUGGAACUAAAACUUUACAGAACUUCCUUUCAGAUACGCAUACAUAUCCACACCAAUUUUCAGCAAAAUUGAAGAUGGUCGAGUGGAGACGAUUUUCUAAACUAGGCCAAUUGACAUGGAAUGAUCCUAUAAUGUAGUUACGAAUAUUAUUUUAUAAACGAAGGAACACAAAAUAAUUAUCCUGAGAAUAUCAUAUCAAAAGUCAGAAUGUUCUUUAUUUUAGAAUUAUUUAAAUUAUAUUGAAUGUUAUUUUUAUUGUUA